AGCCAUUGCCACAGUGACGCACUUUUCCCUUUCUAUCCUCCACAAAGCGACGCAGUCUGAUAGUUACCGCCAAGGAGCUGACGUGGGCUGUCGAUCGUUUAUUAACUCCCUUAUACACAAUGGUUAACGCAAAUCUAAUCUUCGGUGGCGUUGAGGGGGGCGGCACACACUCAUGGAUCGUGCUGAUGGACGGACGAGGGAAGAAGAUCGCCGAACUGGAGGGUCCUUCAACCAACCGCUGGUUGAUGGGUCUGAAGGAAUGUCUUGAGAGGAUCUGCAAGCUGGUGCAGGACGCCAAGGAGAUGGCUGGAGUCUCCCAGGACACCAUACUGGAGGGCUUGGGUCUAUGCUUGAGUGGGUGUGAGGAGGACGAGGCCAACCGACAGAUGGAAAAGGAAAUCCUGGAACAGUAUCCUAACUUGACAAAACAUGUUGUUGUUGCAUCAGACACACAGGGAUCUAUUGCCACGGCCUGCCAUAAUGGCGGAAUUGUGUUGAUCAGUGGGACUGGAAGUAACGCUCUUCUUCUCAACCCGGAUGGCAAGACCUUCCGCUGUGGUGGCUGGGGACACAUGUUGGGUGAUGAAGGAGGAGCUUAUUGGAUUGCUGCCCGAGCUGUUAAGAUUCUCUUUGAUGAAGAUGACAACUUAAUUGAUCCACCAUUUUGUACUGCCAAGCUGCGAAACAUUGUUUACAGCCACUUUGACCUGAAGGAUAGGUUUGGAAUGCUGCAGCAUGUUUACACAACUUUUGAAAAAGCCAAAUUUGCAAGCCUAGCUGCCAAAAUAAGUGAAGGAGCAGCUCAAGGUGAUCCCAUGUGUGGACGCAUUCUUUAUGAUGGUGGAUUUGCUCUGGGUCGUCACAUAUCUGCUCUCUCCAGAAAUAUGCACCCGGAUUUAUUUGCUGCAGAGGAUGGACUUCAGAUUGUCUGUUCUGGGUCUGUUUGGAAGUCUUGGGAAUAUCUGCGUGAAGGAUUUGUAGAUGGAGUCCAGCCACAGUUGGAAAAGGACGAGUUCAUCCCCAAGUUUAAACUUCUAAGAUUAGCGGUCGGUGCAGUGACAAGUGCUCUAGGUGCUAUCUACUUAGGUGCACUGAAGGCAGGCUAUGACAUACCUCGGGACUAUAGCAAGAAUGUUAAGCCUUUCUUCACAUACAUUCAUCCUGCACCCCAGACUGCUUCAAGUCAUCCUACAAAAAGCACAGCUAAGAUUGCCAUCACCAUUAAUCAUGAUAAUGGUCAUGCUUGCUCAAAUGGUAAAGCUACUGAGACCACAAAUGGACAAACAAAUGGUACUCAUUGUACAAGCAUUACAAAUGGAAAUAGCACAUAGAUUACAACAGUACGGCAAGCCUGAGUUAAAACAAACUUUUUUUCUUUUUUGUUCUCUUAACAACUGGCAAGACAGAUUGAGUGGGAUUUUUAAUGCUAGUGCAGAUACUGUGAGUGAACAAGCUGUAAGAUAUCAACUUUUAUAACUAAAUAGCUCUGAGCAGUUUAGAAAUGUGAAAAGGAUAUACUUUCAUCUUUUUGUGGUCAAAUUAGAGACUCUCAAUAUAUAUUUAUUUGAUUAUAUCCACUGAUACCAUUCAUCUGAGAAUGAAAUGAUUUUAUUCAAUAAUGGAUUCAGAAAAAAAAAUUGCCAAAAAGUUAAUACUUUUCUCCAAGAGUAAGAUACUGUAUUUGUGAAAUAUAAUGGGGAACUAAAAGAGCAAAAAUUUAAGGUAUCCUUUUUGUUAUGCUUUUAGUAAUUCUGUACCUAUAAAAAUAUAGGUACAGAUAUACAGUGUAUACUCUUUUAUGAAUAUUGAAGUGUUUCAUACAUUGCUAGAUGAUGAUUACCAUCUUGUUAGCUGUUAAAAAGUGUUUACUGCAGCAGUUCCUACAAAGCUCCUGAAGUUUUAUAUAUUUUUGUAUACAUGUACUAAGAACUUGAUGGUACUAUCAGGUGUAUGCAAGAUGUAUUUCUUGUAUCUUGCUAAAGUUGGCAACACUCAGGUUGAAGUUUAACAGACAAAUGUCUUGACUACAAUAUUUUUACAUUUCGCCUAACACUGAGGUGGUCUGUGAAACAUCUUUCAGAUGUGCAUUAAGUUUUAUUUAAUAAUGCAUGAAGAUCAUGUAAGAAAGCGUACAUAUUCUGUAUUUUGAGGAGCACUUUUAUUCAAGUAGUGUAAAUUAAACUAUAAAAUAAUGUAAACUUAAGUUGUGUAGGGAUUUAAACCUACAACAUGGCUGCUAUAAAUGAGAACUACAGUGCAUGAAAACCAGUUUCACUUUUAACAUGGUUUUAUUUAUUUUAUUGUUUUAAAUAUAUUUGAUAGUGUUAGGUUUUCAUAUGGGCACAUACUGCCAAAGAUUUUAUUUUUAUUUUUAUUUUGAUCAAGUAUUGUUAUUGUUUUAACAAAGAUCUGCCAAGACACUUGCCUUGAAAAUAUCAAAUAAACCCUGGCUUGUGUUUUAAGAAAAUUACCAUUUUAAGUAUUCAUGGAGAAUACCAGUUGAGGGGGGAUAAGUCAAGAGUACUUUAAAUGAUUGUUCCACCUAGUCAGUGUUCUUUUUUAUGCUUCCCCUUUUUUUUUCUUUUGAGGAAAGGGGGGAAAGGGCGGUCAUAGUGUUAUCCUUGUCCAUCCAUGUAAGAAAUGCUGUCUGUUCAAUAAUUUGAGAAAGGUUUCACAGAUUCACACAUUGCCAUGAGUAAUGUCUAGUUUCAUAUUUAUAAAAAAAAAUAAAUAAAUAAUGAAUGGACGAGGGUAAAAGUAUUUUACUUGUAAGAGAACUUUGUGGAAUACAUAGCCAAGGGUUUUCUCAAUUUUUGGACAGAUAUUGGAAAGGCAAGACUUUUUAAGCAUCAUCAUCAUAGUACCCUUAUGAUACACAAACUUAUUAGUGGUCGAGUACUGAAGUAGUUUGAAGCACUGGGUAUGUUUUGUUGUCGAGUUGGUAUGUUGGUGAUAAGCUUAAAAUAGAACAAAGACUGAUUCUUCUUCAAAAUGGCUUUCAUAAUGAUAGUGUUCAUUAAACUUUCAUCAUAUUCCACUUCACUGGAAUAUCAUGCUACUCUUGCCCUUCUUCAACUGCAAUUGUUAAUCAACUGUUGUGAAAGUUUUGAGAACUUCAUGAGUACAAUGGAGGAUUUUUAUGUACAGUAUCAGUGAUUUAUCCAGUGUUACACGUUUUGAUGGCCGAGCACCUACUUCAGACUGAAGCUGUAAUUACAAAUUUAAAAAUUUGUCAGUUGUUGAAAACCCAUAGUACUCUCACUCUUCUUAUACAUACUGAAUAUUUCCAGUCGAGACAGAUGUACUGUACAGUACUUUUGAGCCAUUAGUGAUGCUUGCCCAUCAAAACCAUAUUUUAAAUAGAAUCCUUAUUUGCAAGAAAUGAAUCAAGGUUAUGACUCAUUAAGUUUUGUGAAACCUGCAAUAAAGAAAUUUGAUGUGAUGAAUUUCUUCUCAAUAAUUAUGCAUUCAACAAAGUGACCAUUCCACUAACUGGAAUAUUUAGCAUAUGUACUGAAAGUGGAAUUUAUGUGUAACAAUGUUAAGAAAAUAGUAAUGUUAUAUUAGCGCCCAAUCUUUGGCAAUAAAAUUAUAUAUAUUUUCUCAACUUUGUUACAUAUUAAACUUCACUUUCAGUACAUUAGCUAAAUUAUUCCUGUUACCGAGUCCCUGGGAAGAAUUUCAUCACAUCAUUAAAUUUGCUGCAGGUUUUAAAAAACUUCCCGAUAUAUUUCAAUAAGCACUCGAGACCAAAAUUAUCUCCUAACGUAUAAAACUGUCAUCUAUUUAUUCAAUUCCUGGUAUCUGGCUUAAAUCCUUUAGCCAGAUGGCUUUUAUAAGACAGGAUUGCUUACUGUGGAGAAUUUUUAUAUCUGUUAAUCUUUUGAAAAUGUACUGUACCAAACACCAUUCUCAUCACUGUUGGCCUUAAAUGGGAAACAUGGUACGAAUACCUCUUGAUGUUGGUCUUGGUGCUGUGUGCUUAUUGGACAGAUAUGACUUUAAGAAGACUUUCAAGGCUACAGUCUGUUCGCUCAAACUUUGAAAAUAAGGCCUAGAGCCGAAUGUAACAAGACGUGAAAACUCAACGGAGCUUUAGUAUCUCAUUUAACUUGCCUUCAUUCUGCCGUUUUAAGGAAUACAGUUAUAACUGCAGUAUUUAGUGUGAAUAUCUGAUAAUUUCCACACUUAACAAAGUGCAAAUCCUUAUGUGAAAUGCACUGGUAACAAAUGUCAUCGAAAAAAAAAGAUAAAAAAAAUUUCAGCGACAUUCUUUGUCUCUCAACUUGUUCAUAUUCCCUUUGAUUUAUUUUUACCAGUGGGUUUCACAGGCUAAUUUUUGCUCCCCUAGGUGUGGAAAUUAAUAGAGAUCAGCUCUGAAUAGUUAUUAGUCCUUAAAACUGCAGAAUAUAGGUAAGAUAAUUGAAAUACUAAAGCUUGGUUGAGUGACCCUUUGCAUGUUUUCCUGUCAGCCAAUUGGCUGUCUGUUACAAAUGACUCUGGGCCUCAUUUACAAAGUUCUAGUGACCAGACAAUAGGAGGCAUGGUGAACCCUGAUUCAAGGCUUGUCUAAAAUAAUACAUCCCAGUAUGCAGCCUUGAAUUAUGAGUUGCUCUGUGACUGAAUAAUCACCAGUGGCAAACCUGAAUGAAAUUGUGUGUAAACCAUGACCUUAAGUAAAAUAGCACAAUUAAGGUUCUAGUUAUCAAGAAGGCUACAUAAACUAGUAUUAUCAGAGGACUGCAUGUGUUCAAUACACUUCCAUUUUCUUUGUUGUAUUUUUCAGUGUGUUGUCUGAUGAAUCAGAUCUGUUAUAUGAACUAUUUUAAAUAUACAUACAGUAUAGAUACUUA